AUGGUUUUUCCUCCUCAUGGGGCUCUGUCCCAUCCUGUUUUUGAGGAUGAUCCCGUAGGUCUGUUGUGCAGCUCCUGUGGCAGUGGACACUCAGAGACACUGUUCUGUCUGUCUGACCAGCAGCCUGUCUGUGUGGUGUGUCGAGACUCUAAAGCUCAUGAAGACCACCAGUUUAAGCCUGCUGUAGAAGCAGCACAGGAUCUCAGGCAGGAGCUGGACCAGUCCCUACGGCCUCUGAAGGAACACUUGGAGAAGGCUAAAGACACUCAACAGAUGCUUUUGGUCCUUGCAGAUUGUGUUAAAAAACAGUCUCAUCAAACAAAGAAACAGAUUCAGGAUCAAUUCAACAAGCUGCACCAGUUUCUGGAGGACGAAGAGGAUGCCCGGCUGAAAGCUCUGAGGGAGGAGGAGCAGCAGAAGAUUCAGAAGAUGAAGGACAAGAUGGAGGCUGUGAGCAGAGAGAUAGAAGCUCUGUCAGAAACCAUCAAAGACACAGAGGAGCAGAUGAGAGAAGCAGACAUCUCCUUCCUGCUCAAAUACAAGGCUGUAGUGGAAAAAGUGCAGCACUGCCCCCUGCUGGAAGAACCACAGGUGGGCCCACGAGUCUUGAUAGACCAGGCCAAACAUUUGGGCAACCUGGCCUUCAACAUCUGGAGCAGCAUGAGGAUGAUGGUGCACUACUCUCCUGUCAUACUAGAUCCAAACAGAUCCACUAGUGAAAUCGUUCUGUCAGACGAUCUGACCAGUUUUACUACUGAGAAACAAAGAUGUCCAAAUGGAGCAGGGACAGAGAUGGACUGGGCAUUGGUGUUUGGCUCUGAGGGCUUUGACUGUGGUUCUCGGAGCUGGGGCGUGGAGGUGGGAAACAGUGGAGAGUGGGCUCUGGGAGUUGUGACUGAUUCUUUCGAAAAGGGGGUCGAGGAGGUUGUGGAGGGCUGGAGCGUGGCUUUCUCAGAUGAUGAAUAUGCAGCUGUUCUGAGUGAAGAACAGCUUACAUCUCUCCAGCUCCAGUCCAACCCUGUAAGGAUCCGAGUUUGUCUGGACUGUGACAAUCAUGAAGUGAGCUUCUAUGACGAUGACACCAACACUCACAUUCACUCUUUCACACACAUCAGUCCCAACAAACUCUUCCCAUAUUUUGGCACCACAAACAAAUACAAAAUCAGGAUUCAGCAUGAAGAUGAAACUUUGGUCUGACUCCACAGUCCUCAAGUCCUCGAGAUGAACAUAUGCUGUUAAGUUUAUACAUGUGUUUAAUAUGAACACCUUGCAGACUGAGUAGCUGAAAGGUUUCCUGUGUGUUUACGAAUUAUAUUGAUUAUUAACAAUA